CCCAUUUUUCUUUCCAUUUGAUACUCGACAAAUGCUGUUUUAUGUAACCGCUUUUGAUCGUGAUCGAGCCAUGCAAAGACUACUGGAUACUAAUCCAGAAAUCAAUCAGUCGGACUCUCAAGAUAGCAGAGUGGCACCACGACUGGACAGGAAAAAACGCACUGUGAACAGAGAUGAGCUGCUGAAACAGGCAGAAUCUGUGAUGCAGGAUCUAGGCAGUUCAAGAGCCAUGUUGGAAAUCCAGUAUGAGAAUGAAGUUGGCACAGGCCUAGGCCCCACACUAGAGUUCUAUGCACUUGUAUCUCAGGAACUGCAGAGAGCAGACUUAGGCCUCUGGAGGGGAGAAGAAGUAACAUUAGCCAAUCCAAAAGGAAGUCAGGAAGGUACCAAGUAUAUUCAUAACCUUCAAGGCCUUUUCGCGCUUCCCUUUGGAAGAACAGCCAAGCCAGCUCACAUCGCAAAAGUUAAAAUGAAGUUCCGCUUUCUGGGCAAACUGAUGGCCAAGGCCAUCAUGGAUUUUAGACUGGUGGACCUUCCUCUUGGACUUCCUUUUUAUAAAUGGAUGUUAAGACAAGAGACUUCCUUGACAUCACAUGAUUUGUUCAGUAUUGAUCCAGUAGUAGCCAAAUCAAUAUAUCAUCUUGAAGAUAUUGUAAGACAAAAGAAGAGACUUGAACAAGACAAAACACAGACCAAAGAAAGUCUACAAUAUGCAUUGGAGGCUCUGACUAUGAAUGGCUGCUCAGUGGAAGACCUAGGGCUGGACUUCACACUUCCAGGGUUUCCUAAUAUAGAGCUGAAAAAAGGGGGAAAAGAUAUACCAGUCACCAUCCACAAUCUAGAGGAGUAUCUCAGAUUGGUUAUAUUCUGGGCACUAAAUGAAGGUGUUGCCAGACAGUUCGACUCCUUCAGAGAUGGAUUUGAAUCUGUCUUCCCCCUCAGUCAUCUUCAGUAUUUCUAUCCUGAGGAGCUGGAGCAGCUCUUGUGCGGCAGUAAAACGGACACUUGGGAUGCCAAGACAUUGAUGGAGUGUUGCAGACCAGAUCACGGUUAUACCCAUGACAGUCGAGCAGUGAAAUAUCUCUUUGAAAUUCUCAGUAGUUUUGAUAGUGAGCAGCAAAGACUGUUCCUUCAGUUUGUGACCGGUAGCCCCAGACUGCCUGUAGGAGGCUUUCGAAGUUUGAAUCCACCACUGACAAUUGUGCGCAAGACAUUUGAGUCUACGGAAAAUCCAGAUGAUUUCUUGCCCUCAGUAAUGACUUGUGUGAACUAUCUCAAAUUGCCGGACUAUUCAACUAUUGAGAUAAUGCGUGAAAAACUCUUGAUAGCUGCAAGAGAAGGGCAGCAGUCAUUCCAUCUUUCCUGAUCACAAUGAAAAAUGCAAUGUCUGCCUGUUACAGCAAAAGACAAAAAUCAUGAUUCUUUUCUAAAUGUAUCACCUGAGUCAAGGAAACGUGUUACGCCUUCUUGUUGUAGAAAAACGGCUUGCAGAUUAUAAACAAAGACACUUGGUUGAUAUUCAUUAAAGGCCCCUAUGGACUUAAAGUGAUCAGGCCCUAAAAAGUUGUUGUGACAAGGUUUCUUUAGCAAGUUCUUGUUUAAAUUAUCAUUUAUUUGAUGAGUGAAGUUUUUAACUUGCUUUGCUGUGUGAAAUUUAAAAAGGGAUGUUUUUCCAGGCUGGAACAAUAAAUGUCGCUGUGCAGUUUAAUACUGGGCUGUGUGUAUCCAUCUAGCUAAGUCUGAAGUUUUUCCUCCAAAGACAACUUUUGUACAUAAGUACAGAAAUUAAAAUACACCAUGUAUUUGACGAAUCUAGUUUAGUAGACUAGUUCUGUGUACCCUCACCUGCCUCUAAUUUUACCCAUCCUCAUGUAUUGUCUGAUGUGCAAUUCACUUGGUUCUUUUUGUGUGCAACAUUCGGCAAUUGUUAUGUUUUGGUUAGCAUGGACAUUUAACUGCUCCAUGCCUUUUUUUUCUCUGAUUAAGAUAAUUUAAAUUUUACUGAAAUCAAAUAUAUAUUGUCAAUAUAAUUCAGCCUUUGUAACUAGGUAGAACCUUUCUUAUAGCUUAGUUUUACUGUAGUGGUAGGAUAUACUGGUGACAGUCUUUACCAGGUGAUGCUCUAGAGCUGUUUACACAGUGAUUCAGGCAGCAGAAGCCUCUUCCUAGAGGCAAGGAAGAAUCCAUUUCUUUUGUGUAGUUGAAGUCCAACAGCUUGGGCUGGCCAGUGUUGUAUUGUGGUAAGGCCAGAGCAUUUCGAAUUGAUGUAAAGUUUUUUAAAAAGACAAAUUCAUUGUUUCAUUCCCUGUUCAAGUAAACAAUUUUCUUGUUCUUGAUCUGAAUUCCCGGUUACUUUUGUAGCUUUUUUUCUUUCUUUUUUCCUUUUUUUCCUCUCUUUUUUUUUUUCUCCUCUUCCCAGCACUAGCUUGGAACAAACAGUUCAGCCUUUGUCUUUUGACACAGAUAAAGCACCUGUAAGCAAAUGCUCUGUCCAACUGUUUUAUGUGCUGAUUUCUCAAAUCUGCAAUAAUUUACUUCAUCAGGUUAAUGUUUUUACCUGAAUAUAAAUAAAAAAGUUUGCUUCACCUUUUUGUUCAUAGUUUUGUACUGUAUACAUAAAGUUCAAUUGUGUAAAUUACUGUAAUGCAAGUAAAUCAUCCUGACUCUACUUGGCUAAAAGCCAGCAACUAGUGGAUGAUUUACUGCUAAAACAAGACCUUAUGAAACCUCCAACUCAAAGGGAAAUUUUUUUUCCUUUCUAUGGGUUUAAAAAAAAAUGGGCAAUUGCAAAUCAUCCUGAGAUGUACAUGCUAUAUAGUUCAUCUCUAAAAAUGUGAUAGUUAAUGACUUUUAUUCAACUUUGAGAAAUCAAAAUUCAUUUCAGUGCUUAGUAAUUGUUAAAUUCUGGCUAAUCAGGCUAGUAUUUCCCCUAAACUAACAAUAACAAGUUUUCUUUUAUCUAGCUGAAGAACUUGUACUUUCAGAAUCUGUUUUCAAAACCUGUAAUGGUAAUGGACAUUCUUACAGUGAACAUUCACAGAGUUACACAUGGUUGCUCAUACCAGUGCCACUGAACUGUAAUGCAGAUCUGUUGUGAGCAUGAGUAGAAUGUGAAAUCCUUGCACAAAGAACCUGGUAACUGACCAGCUACCUACCGAAUUAGAGCUGAAUGAAGGCGCUUCACACCGUACCUAGAAUAAUGGUAGUGCGCAGUGCGGCAUAGUUUUCAUAAAACUUAAGGCAGUGUUUAAAUGAUGGACUGGUGUUUAAAUUGUUCUGAUAACUUGAUCAAACUGAGCACAAAGACAUGUUUAUAGUGUUUGGAUAGCAAUUUGUUCAUUUUUUAAGGUUCUAUAUUUUAAAAAAACUGACUUGUGUAAAACAAAAACAAAAAAACUAAUAUUUUGUAUUAAAAUAUCAUGUGUAUUGAUA